AUGCGGAGAUACGGUGGCGCCGACCUGUUCAUAACGUUUACCUGCAAUCCGAAGUGGCCUGAGAUCACGAAUGAGCUCCUCGCUGGUCAGCUACCAACCGACAGGUACGACAUCGUGUCGCGAGUCUUUCACCUCAAGCAAAAGCGCCUAAUUGACCUACUUACAAAAGAUAAAGUGUUUGGUAGUGUGCGCUGCUUCAUGUUCUCCAUCGAGUGGCAGAAACGCGGUUUACCACACUCGCACACCCUGCUGUGGCUAGAGGAAAAAAAUAGGCCAAACGACAUUGAUUUGGUGAUCAGCGCCGAGCUGUCAGAUCCCGAAGUUGAUCCUCGCCUUUACAACAUAAUCAAGACCCACAUGAUUCACGGACCUUGCGGCACCAUAAACCCGAACUCGCCGUGCAUGAAGAACGGCCGCUGCACAAAACGGUUCCCUAAGAGUUUAGUCGCGGAAACCGUUACUGGUGAAAACGGCUACCCAUCGUAUCGGCGCCGAUCUGCUGAAGAUGGCGGGUUCACGGCCGAGGUCAGAACUCGCGGUCAAACUGUACAGGUAUACGGCGCUGGGGAUCUUUAA